AUGGCUAAAGCCAAAGCAAAGGGCAAGAAGGAUUCUGCCGGUGGUGUGCAGAGCCACAUUCGCGCACGGAUCGAUUAUCUCUACAACGCGGCCACCUUUCUACAAUCAAUAGGGAAACCAUCCCCGCAGCAGCCCUCGGUCAGUCAACAAAAUGACCAAAUCGAUGAAGCAGAGGAUGGCGCCAAAUUGCAAGGAACGGAGCGCAUAGUACCGCAAGUGGUGGGAUCUGAUGUUUCAUCGGCGAAUGAGCCGACUAAGCCGCUUAAUCCAUCGACGACACAGCGACUGCCUCAACUCUCUCGAGUCUACAUGUCGCAAAUGCGCGGUGUCUCUCUCAAGUCACAGCUUCGGCUACCCAUCGACGUCAAGAGGUCUUUUUGCAAGCGCUGCGACACGUUUCUAAUUCCUGGAGUAACCUGCACGCAGGAUAUCCGAAACGCCAGCCGCGGCCGCAAGAAGCCAUGGGCGGAUGUUAUAGUUGUCUGUUGUUCUACGUGCGGGACGGAAAAGCGCUUCCCUCAAACCGACAAGCGGAGCAAGAAGUUGUCUGAGCGUCGGAGAGAAGCGCCCAAGGAGGAGCAAAAGGAUGAAGUAAUGGCGGGUGCUUGA